AUGUCGACCUUCAAUGGCCUCGUCUCCGAGUUUCCAGACAUAAGAAUCGAUUUCUUCAGACACCACGUUGAUGCAUCACCACCGCUGGCGUGCUUUCUCAGCCAUGUCCACAGCGAUCAUCUUUCCGGGCUGGAAAGUCUCCGAUCUCCCUUUGUCUACUGCUCUGCAGCGACCAGGGAGAUCUUACUGCGGCUGGAGCGAUACCCCUGUCGCAUCAACUAUUCCAGGGGCAUUCUGGAGGCGCGGCAGCAGACUUACAAGCAUCUAAGUAAGGUUAUUAAACCGCUUCCACUGGAAUCUCCAACCACAAUCGAACUCCGGCCUGGAAACUGCAUUCAAGUGACGCUGUUUGAUGCGAACCACUGCCCUGGCUCUGUCAUGUUCUUGAUUGAGGGUCAGGGUAAAGCGAUACUUUAUACUGGGGACACCAUAGACACCAUAUAUCUCGACACGUCUUUCGUAGACGACAUUCCGUUCCAGACGAAAGCUGAAGGAAUUGCACAGUUACUACACAAGGUCACUAGAUAUCCAAAAGAUACAGUCUUUUACAUUCAAGCUUGGACGUAUGGCUACGAAGACGUCUGGAUUGCGCUGUCCAAAGCUCUCAAUUCUCCUAUUCACGUCGACGAUUACAAACUCCGUAUUUACAAUUCCUUGAACACUUCAUCAUCGGAGAUGCGACCUAGCUCGAGUGCUCAAUUAACUCCAAUCGCUGCUGCCCUGACCGGCUUCAUGUGUGGAAAUACGCCCCAGUCCGGCUGCCUUACCUCGGAUCACAAUGUCCGCCUCCACAGCUGUGAGAGCGGCAACAUGUGUCCGAUUGCGAAACAAUCUUCUGUCAUCCGAAUCCAACCUGUUGUUGCAUCAUUUCCUGAUGGCGGCGUUAUCCAAGAAGCUGGAAUAGGAGGAGGAGGCGAAGACUUGGAGCGCGAGAUGGAGCUCGGGAUUUCCAACCAAAGCGAUCUCGAAAUUUUCCUUAAAAUAAUAGAUGCGCUGAAGAACACGACGGCAGAAGCGCGAGGCGAAUGCGCUCGUGCUCUGACAAACGCACUGGCCAGUGGGCGCGAUUUGCAGCUCAACAUGAGUUCAUCUACUGAAGACACUCACUCAACCGACUUACAAAGAGCCAUGCUUUCUAUCAUCAAUAGUCAGCUGAUGGCAAUUCCCGCCCGUACUAAGGUCGAACGGCGCAGCGAAACAAAUCUCCCAAAUGUUAUCCGAUUUCCAUAUUCACGACAUUCGUCCUAUGCCGAGCUUUGCAAUCUAGUGAAUGUAUUUAAGCCAAAGGAUAUUUGGCCCUGCACAUUCCAUCUAGAGACUUGGCAGAAUAAUGCAAUGUCCAUCAAGUCGCUCUUUGGGAAAUAUUGCAGUGGCAGCAUUUUCGCACACGACAUGAGGAUCAACAAUCUUGUGAAAGAAAUGAAACGGCAUAUUCACGAAGAGCAAAACUCUCAGGGAGCAUCUGCACAAAAGCCACUUGAACUCUUGGCUUCUGAAGAUGACGAUGGUACAGGUGAAAAUGAGUCGCAAGAAACCAACGCAUCCUUCACUUCAGUACUUUCCACACAUCAUUCUUCUGUGAGAUGCGACGCAUAUGAUCGGAUGCUCCAAAACUACUACGGCAUUGGCUGGAAUUCAAUCGAACUUAUAUCCGUCGGCUGCAACCACAGCGUUGAAGAAACAGAGCUCUAG